AGUCAUUCUUGUCGAAACUCCGUGCAUGUCGCGCGAUCUGUUGUACCUGAACCAGGAAAACUCGUGGUCAAGAGCACACAAAACCUUGUGAGCUUAAAUAAAUAAAAUAAAAUUACGGUCGAGAAUAACAUUCCGACCUUCGGCAGUUUUCUAAACCAAUCGACAUUACUCGCCCGGACUCGUCUUCUCGACUAAGUGGGGUAGGGUGAAACACUCAGUUGUCGAUUUUUCGUGUAUUUGGGGAUUGUUAGUGACGAUUUUCUAAUUAUUGAUAAGUGAUUCUCAUAUUAAUUAUGGAUGUACGUAUUCCCUGUUUGAAGUUCGAACUAUUUAAGUAUAUUGAGUCUUCUAAAGCGAGAUUUCCAUCAUUCCUUUAUUCCGUCGAUGCAGAAUGCUGGAGGACUGCAUGCAAAAAUCUCGGUACGAUGUGCGUAAGCACUGAGAAACCUCUGCUGGCAGUCAAUAUCAAAAUCGCGUUUUGUUUUUCGUGAAAUGAGUAGUGGCAAGCGAGUGCCUGUGGAUCACGAUCAGAAAUGGAGUUGCUCCCAGUGCACCUACGAGAACUGGCCUUCCGCGAGAAAGUGCACCAUGUGCAAUGCCGUGAAAUCAUCCAGAAUGAUACCUCGUGAUAUUUUCGAGCUGUCCGCAUUGGAAGAACAUUCGCCGAGCAUUGGCAAUGUAGACUGUAAUAAUCCGGAGAAGUGGAGCUGCCCUGCGUGCACCUUCCUCAAUUGGAAUCGCAAUGCUUGUUGCGUGCAGUGUAGGACUGUUAAAUCUGUGCCGAAUUCUAUGCUUCCCGUUGUGCCAGCGCAGAAUAACCGUAACGGUAGACUCUCCCCAUCACUAGCCUCCCCGCGGCUCCCAUCGCCAGUUCCUGACGAUGUGCGGGCGCUUGCCGAAAAACUUCAAGGUCUCAGUUGUUCAUCCUCAUUGAAGAAGUGGACUUGUCUACGUUGCACGUAUGACAAUUAUCCAAAAGCCGUAAAAUGUGUCUUAUGUCACGCUUGCCGAACAUUUGACGAUCAUCUAAACCAUGAAUCUUCAAGAUCUCCCUCGAUUUCUCGCUCGGAGACACCUACAAAAACGGAUGCCUCAAUUUAUUGCCCUCAAGGAGCCACCGCUGAUCCAGACUGUGAUAACACCAUUGAAACUCACAAGCGUGGCAGAGUUGGCAAGAGGAAGCUCCGGGAAGUUGACUGGAGUUGGUUAGAAGCUUGUAAAGCCGUGAUAGAUGGGCUUGCUGAACCUGUAAUUACCUAUGUCAAGUCCGGCGGUGACCCUGCGAAACAGAUAUCUCGACAAGAUGCCUUAUUGCUCAACCAACCAUCCUUGACUGGGUCCUCGUUGGUUCAUCUUUGCCUGAAGUUCAAACGAGAAGCUCUUCUGGCGAUGGUUUUCGAUGCCUUGGAAGAGCGCCGCGGGCGAAACGGGUUGAAGCGUAUGCCGUCCGUAAUAGCCCCUGGAUUGGCUAAAGAAAUCCGCAAGCAUGUAGAAAACUCCCUACGUUACAAACCUGGUCCCUGUCCGGGGCAAUUUUUUUCUGAAUGCGCUCUCUUCGGGUUGCCACAAGAGCUUGUCGCAUUGUCACCUGCAGUUCAAGGUCAUCUUUGGGAGGAGCUCUUGGAUCGCGAAGCUCAACGGGAAUUGGAGGAACCUGAGGAAUCAUCACCUCCAGCCAUAAACUGGCUCCCAGAUGUGAUGAUUGAAUCUGGAGAAUAUUCAAGGUUGUUUGCGCUAUGGAAUCGUACCGCGGGUGACUGCUUGCUUGACGCCUGUAUGCAAGCUGCUUGGGGCAUUUGUGAUAGAGAGGGCACUCUUCGAAGGACACUUUCUGAAACCUUGACGCAAUCGACGGCUUUGUUUUACCCACGCUGGCAAGAAUACGAGUGUUUGCAGGCGGGUCUCUUGGGCUACGCUCUGAACCAACGCCAGUUGUGUUCGGAAUGGACUGCUGUUGUCCGGUCUGCGGCUCAGCCGGGUGCUUCCUUGUGUCAAAUACACGUGUUUGUGCUCGCGCACAUUUUCCGCCGUCCGAUAAUUGUUUAUGGUGUCAAGUCCAUCAAAAGUUUUCGAGGCGAAGUGCUUGGGACAGCUCACUUUGAAGGAGUGUACCUGCCACUGUUGUGGGACCAUUCGUUUUGCUGGAAGAGCCCGUUAACUCUGGGCUACACACGGGGUCAUUUCAGUGCCCUCGUUCCGCUAUUGCCUUUUGAUGGUGCGAGCGGUGUUAAUGUCCCGGGUGCGGCAACGCCGAUCGAGGAUAUUGCUGGCCCGCGAAGGCGCCCGGGCGGUUACAGAGUUACCAAUUACAUCCCGCUCGUGACUGCCGACGGGAAACUGUUGCCAGUGCAUUUUCUCACGCAUUCCGAGCUUGGCCACGAGGACAGGAUUUUAAGACAGUGGCUUGACGUUUGUCUUUUGGAUCACGGAGGCCUGCUUGUUGCCGAGCAACAAAUACCUCGACCUCAUCUCCUCGUUGCACAGAUGCUGGAGGAGUGGCUCAACUACUAUCGACAGUUGAGCGAGAUGUACACGGCACCGUUCCGAGUUAAAGGACCGUUGUCUGGGCAAAGUUCUGUGAUCGACAAUGGAUCAGAUUCCGAAUGAACCCACUCGAGUCAUUGCUCUUUUCUCCCCUGUUAGCGCUAAAUUUUCCCAAGUUCAGUUCUCAUGAAUCCACUGCUCUUGCCAACUUUUGUCAUGUGUAAGAGCCAAUCUGGCUUACUUGUGUCAGGAAUUUUCUAGUACUCGUCAGGGUGUUUGCAAACGUACUCAAAACUAUGCUAUAUCGACCUCGAAGCCUGGAAUCCAAGGAAGAGCUUCAGUCGGGAUCUUGUUACCUUCAUUUUUUGUGUGUAUCGGAUGCGGCGUAUGUUUUUAUUUUGGAGAACAGGAGAGCACGGAUUAGAUUUUUGAGGGAAGCGAGAGUGAUUUCAGUGAGGUUUGAGAACUGGAUGCGACUAACAUACAUCGACCUUUGUCUAUCGUACCUGGGAGGAUUCUGGGUUCAAGUGUCAUAGUGCUGUUAAUCGAACGAGCUCUUUUUGGGAGGGGGAGGGAAUGGGACGUUACGAAAGUCCGACGCGAAGCUUUUUUGACAAAGCCUCAAUGUCGGUAAUUGGCCCUUACUUCGCAGAGAUUAGCGUUAGUUUCAGAGAUACAGUACAUGAAUUACAGGCGUGGAAUCAAGUCUACUUCGAACGAAAACAGUCGACUUGAUGUCGAAUGAGUAAACUUGUUCCGCAUAUCUUUGAAAUGAUGGUACUGUAGUAGAAGAAGCAAAGAACGGAACUGGUUGGAUCUGUUUGGCUAAUGAAGACCUCGGAAGUCCCCCGGAAGAUUAUUGUGUUGCAUUUUCUUGCGUGCGUCUCAUCUUUUGGUUUUUCUCAAUUCUGAACGAAUUUUCAUUGAUUCGAUCUGCUGGGUGGUCUUUAAUUUUUUGUGAUGUCAUCUUCGUUACGAAGUUUUUUAUCGGUGCUGGAAAUAGGAACGUGUUUAAUUUGAAAAGUCUUCAUUAGUUCCUAGCGUGAUGCCCCGUCGCUGAGCGUGAUGAAGUAAACCUUGGAAGUUUGUGUCGCACGAAUCCAAAUGAAUAUUUCAUCGGUUUGGUUAUUUUGUGAAAAUAUACACUCUCCAUCAUCCGACUUGAAGGAGUACGGAACGAU